AUAACGUUGUUGUAAAAAUAUGGCCGAGCCCGUGGAACCUCCCCCUUAUUUCGACGAUGUCGACAUCAAUAACGACGAUAACGAACCGGAGGAUUUGUUCGUAUCGGCAAUUCAGUAUCCACCAGAGAAAAAAUUGGAUAAUAAUGGAACAAUAGAUGAGUUGUUGAAUGGGGAGUCUGAUUUGGUUGGGAAGUUAAAGAUCAGUGAUUCCAGAGAGGAACUUGAAAAUGUUCCAAUUAAUAAUGGCAGUAAUAUUGUGGAUAGCUUGGAGCAGGAGGAAAUUGAAGGUGGUGAUGAUUUCUUAGAAAUCAACAUAACAGAACCACAGAAAGUAGGAGAUGGAAUGGGGGCCUAUAUGGCUUACAGGGUUACCACCAAAACAAAUAUGAGAAUAUUCAAACGUAGGGAGUUUGUUGUCACCAGAAGAUUCAGCGAUUUUUUGGGUCUUCACGAUAAAUUGACCGAAAAAUAUUUGAAAGUCGGAAGAAUUAUUCCACCGGCACCAGAAAAAAGCGUAAUUGGCAUGACAAAAAUAAAAAUGUCCAGUCAAGAAACUAACGGAACGAACGGUAGUGACUUUGUGGAAAGACGUAGAGCAGCUUUAGAACGUUAUUUAAAGAGGACUGCCCAACAUCCUGUGCUAGUUGUGGAUCCAGAUUUUAGGGAAUUUUUGGAGUCAGAUAUUGAACUACCCAAAGCCACUAGUACUUCAGCCUUAAGUGGUGCAGGAGUUUUAAGGUUGUUUAAUAAAGUUGGAGAGACUAUGAAUAAGAUUACCUAUAAAAUGGAUGAAACUGACCCAUGGUUUGAAGAAACCCUCACCCACGUAGAAGCCCUAGAAACGCAACUCCGAAAGUUGCACGCCAACGUCGAGGCAAUGGUGACCUACCGCAAAGAGCUCGCCAACUUGACCAACGGCGUCUCCAGAUCCGCCGCCUUGCUCAGCUCGUGCGAGGACCACAACUCGCUGUCGCGCGCUCUAUCGCAGUUGGCCGACACCGAGGAAAAAGUCGAAUCGUUGCACUUGGACCAAGCCAACACCGAUUUCUUCAUUCUCUGCGAGCUUUUAAAGGAUUAUUUGGGUUUGCUUGGAGCUGUGAGGGACGCUUUCCACGAGCGCACCAAGCUGUUCCAGCAUUGGCAGCAUUCGCAGCAGAUGUUGGCCAAGAAGAGGGAGAUCAAGGCGAAAAUGGAGUUCACCAAUAGGACGGAUAAGUUGGAUCAGGCUGGCACUGAGGUUAUAGAAUGGGAAGCUAAGGUGGAGAGGGGCCAAGAAAACUUUGACAAAAUUUCCCAGAUGAUUAAGAGAGAGAUGGAAAGGUUUGAAAAAUGCAGAAUACACGAUUUUAAAAUGAUUUUUAUUAAAUAUUUGGAGAAUCAUUUGGACCAUCAAGGUCAGCUUGUUCAAUACUGGGAGGCCUUCUUGCCAGAAGCCAAAGCAAUUGCCUGACUAGAGGACAUUUGCAAAGAAUAGCAGCAUCGACAUUCCUAUUGGAGAUUUCCAGAAAUUUAAUAGAGUACCUUACCAAUAAAACAAUAAAAACAAAUUACUAACAAAUUGUGCGCGCGCGGGUCUAGAAAAUCGGCUCUAUUACCCGCCCAAAUCGGUGUUUAUUUCUCCAAAGCAAUUGUACAUUUCAAUUAGUGGCUGUCCUUUUUAUGUUGAUACUUUUUUUACUAUUAAUUUCAAUCGUUUUACAUAUCUUUUUGAAUUAUACAGAGUAUAUUAUAAAUAUAUUAUAUUAUUAGGCAAUCUGUACAUUUGAUUAAUGGUUGUAUGCACAAAUGAUUGUUAGUCCAAUAAAUUCUAACUGUGCAUACAGUCUUAAGAAAAAUAUAAUUUUUGCUAUUCCAUGUGCAUGUCAAAGACAAAAAGUAUAUUAUUGCAAUAUACCCCAAUGUGAACAAAAUUGUGUGCAAGUUUCAUUGAUAUUUUUUAGUAGAUUUGAAUAUAGUACUAACAAAAUGAGGCCAAAAAAUGUAUAAAGCUGAGUGUUUAAAACAUUUUUGUAAGUCUAACUAUAAAAAUAAGUAGGAUAAAAUAAUUAAGUGAAGAUUUAUAAAUGUGUUUGCAAUAGGCUUCUCACUAACUUCAUUGGAAUCUUCUCUUAAAAUCAUGAACCUACCUAAUUUUAGUUACCCUACUUAAUCAUAAUCUCAACAAUAUAAUUUAAGGUUCAAAGAUUCAAGCUGUAUAAAAUUUUGCUUUGCGUGAUUGAUACAUUUUUCUAUGUGAUAAAAACCCAUAACAUGAAUCUUUCAAGUGCAGUCAUCUUUGGAAGGUUUAUUUGGAUCCUGAACUUUUAUUUUACGCUAAAUUUAGUAUCUAUGUAAUGUAGUGUAUAAGUAUGCAUGAUUCAAUCAGGUAUUACUUACAUUUAUUGCUUCCAUUAUUAUUCUUAUUAAAUAUAUAUUAUAUUGUA